GUUGAAUUUCCGCAGUGAUCCGCUGCACAUCCGCGGCGCUGGGACCGCCCGCCCCUGCGGCACCCGGCACCGCGGUGCCCGCCGAGAAUCCCACCGCCUGCAUAGCCGCAGCGCCUACAUUUUCCAGCGCGUUUCGCAUUGCUGCACGCAGGCCAACCCGCCCCGGGCUGUCCGGCGCUCCUGCCGCCGACGCAUCCAUGCGUCCGCCUGUGAACUGCCCACAACUCUCCGACGACCUAUGCUACUGAAUUACGCAUACGUUUGCUAAUUACAUGCGACAAAUGCGACGGGACAUUAGAGACAUUAGACGGGCGUGCUUGCAUGGAUAAUUCGGCAAUUUCCCGGAAAUUGCCCAUUUUCCAGCGGCGACCGAGUGACAUAUACACACAAAUUGCAAGUGGCGUUCCAGGCCGCGGCGUUAAUAUUGCAUCUUAUCUUGCGCACCUACAUAAUGGAUCCAUUUACCCUUGAGCCGAUAGGUGCAUUGAGCGGUCAUGACGACCGCGUUUGGAACGUAGCGUGGUCGCCUCAAGGCGACAUGCUGGCGAGCUGCAGCGGCGACAAGACAGUGCGCAUCUGGAGCCGCCGCCAGCCACGCCCCUCGGAGCAGGUCCCCUCAUCGGCAUCCGCUGUACCGCAGCCCCCGCAGCCCCCGCAGCCCCCGCAGUCGCAACCAGCACAACACCAGCAACAGCAGCUACCACCAACUCAGCAGCAGCAGCAGUGGUACUGCUCGGCGAUACUGGACCAGUGCCAUACGCGGACCAUCCGCUCAGUGGCGUGGAGUCCCACAGGGAGGGCUCUGGCCACAGCCAGCUUUGAUGCAACGGUGGCGGUGUGGGAGCUGAGCAGUGGCGUGUGGGAGCAGGUGGCGGAACUGGAGGGCCACGAGAAUGAGGUCAAGUGUGUGGCCUGGAACCCGGACGGCCGGCUUAUAGCCACAUGCGGCCGCGACAGGUCCGUAUGGAUUUGGGAGUCCAUGCCGGGCCGGGAGUUCGAGUGCGUGGAUGUAAAGCAGGGCCACAGCCAGGAUGUCAAGGCGGUGACGUGGCACCCCAGUGGCGAGCUGCUGGUGAGCGCGGGCUACGACGACACCAUCAAGCUGUGGACCUACGACGGCGACGAGUGGGGCUGCGCGCAGACACUUGGAGGCACCGGCACGGGCCACGAGUCCACGGUGUGGGACGUGUGCUGGGACCCGGUCUCCCGCGCCCGCCUCGCCUCCUGCUCUGACGACCUCACGCUCCGCCUGUGGGAGAGCCGCGCCGCGCCCACCUCCACGCCCGCCUCGGCUCCGGCUGGAGCUGCAGCGGCGGUGGUCCCUGAGGGGACGGUGGGGGGCGCGGGCGGCCCACAGGGUUUCGUGCCGUCCAGGCCCGAUCUGCGCUGCGCCGUGACGCUGUCGGGCCACCACCGCCGCACCGUGUUCAGUCUGGACUGGGCGCCAACAGGGCUCAUCGCGACAGGAGAUGGCGACGACAGCAUUCUGGUGUUUGGCGAGGGCGACCCCGACAUGGCCCAACUGCUACUGCGCCGCCGGGAGCAGCAGCAGCAGCAGCAGCAGCGGCAGCCGGCAGUAGCAGCUGCUACGACGUCGGACGGCGAUGCUGCAAUGUCAGAAGCUCCGGCGCCGGAGGGGCAGACGGCGGUGCAGGCAGGGGCGGAAGGCGUGGAGGCGGAGGAGGAGGCAUCGGGGCUGCUGACACAGCCUGGGGGUCAGUGGGGUUGCUGGGCGCGUGUGGCCAAGGCACACGGCGCGGAUGUUAACUGCGUGCGGUGGAACCCGGCCGAGCCCCGACUGCUGGCGUCGUGCUCCGAUGAUGGGCUCAUCCGGCUGUGGUGGUUGCGGUGACUGGCAAGGGGGAGGGCUGCGCCGGUUGAGUUGUAGGGUAUGGCAGAGACGGAGAGCAUGCCGGACUGCCGGCGUCGGAUGGGGGGUGGGGCUUGAAGCGAGAGAGUAGAUGGUUAGGGUCGUGGCCAGGUGGUUGGUUAGGGUCGUGGGCUGCUGUGCCCGUGGCCUGCUGCGUGGGUUGCUGUGAGGAAGAGGGGAGAUUGAGCAGAAGGCCAAAGCAUGGAGCACUGUGUGGAGAUGACGUGCAUCGAGAGGACCUCGAGGCAGUGUAUGGAGGUCGGCAGGCCGGGCGGGGCUGAUGGGAUCGAGCCACGGUGCCGCGGGUGGAAUGGUACCUGGCACUGGCGGUGGGUUCUGCAAUACUUUUGCAUAUGUACCACUGUGAGCCCUGUAUACCUAUUAGUAC